AUGGAUAGCAGGAACAAGGCAGGCGAGGCCGUCGCUGUGCAUUGCAAAGAUUUGUCCAAAUUCCUCUCCAACGUUGACACAUUUUACGGAAAAUUGGUACUUACAAAAUUAAAUGACGGAGCUUCAAUUCCCAGAGACAAAAAAUUGAUAAGCGGAGAACAAAUCCUCGAUGCUCUCCUCGUGUGCCUUCCAAAAUUCCUUGCCGCUAUGUAUUACCUUUGGUACGAUGUGAAUCGGAACUUCGAAAAGCUGGGCGGCGGGGGGUGGAAGGAGGACUGGCCGGGAUAUGAGAAGGAUUGGGUGUUGUAUGGUAGUUGGGGAGGUGAGCUGCAAGAAUAUCUCAGAUCAACGGAUCCUGUUAAAUAUGGUGGCAUAAUCCCUGGUGGAUUCGAGCACGGCGAGGUUAGACAUAAUGAUCAUUAUGGUUAUCGUCAGGGUUAUAAUAUGGUCGAUGACCUUAGAACUCUUUUGGACAAAGAUUCUACUAAACACAACCUUUUUCGUGACGUAUUUGCCACAACAGUCAUUCCCACCACCGCAGGCGCCGACAUACCGAACACUGCGAACGUUCUCGCAUUGAUGAGAACUUUUUGCGAGAUUGUCGAUACGGAGCGUGGUGGCUUAAAUAUAGAGAAGCAUGAAGAGCUGCAAACUACGCUCAUAAAUUGGACGAAUUUAGUAGACCAUUGUCAGUAUAUCAGAUUCCAUCUUGGCAAGAUUUUUAAGGGUGGAUCUUUUUCUUUCACUGGCUAUGGGAGAGACCUCAGCGAAAUUAAGAAGGGGGGAUUUGCGAAAAGGACAGCGGCAUGGUUUAGAGGCAAUAUGGAUAAAGUAAAGAAGAAUUUGGCGGAAAUUGUGCACUAUCCAGGCGACAACUAUCUGAAUGUAUUCGCCACGAAUAAACAACACCAUAAGAUUAAGUAUUAUCACGCCGAACUUGGAAAAUAUUUUACCAAACACUUUUUCCCCUACGGUUUCACAUUUAGUGGGGAGAAUAUCUAUACAUUGCCGAACGACCCGCAUACGGCUUUGAAUGAGAAUUGGGAUAGCGUAAUCGCAGCGUUUAAUGAACAAAAAUGUUUGGAAAAGUUUAACACAUUAUUGGGGGGUGUGGAGUUCACCAAGGAGAUUGUCCUCGAAAACCAAGAUCCAGCUAGUCCACCUGAAAUUUCUGCCUUUGAAGGACAAGAUAGAGUUACGCCAACCGAAGAAGAUGAACCUACAACGAAUGAGACCACUGUAAACGAGGUGACGGACCUUGUGACUAGUAAUAGUGACGGAACACAGAACCAGGAUAAUGAUGCCGAGGAUACACACAAUGAUAUAACUCCCCCAAAUCAAGACGUUCAACGUGAACAAAAUGAUCUGCCAGUUUCCCAAGAGACUUCCCUGUCAGAGACUUCACCAGGCAUGGAUUCUUCUGAUCCUAUCCAUCACGAGGUUCAAGACCCUAUGGACAAUUUUGUACCCGGCUCUGACACCAGCCUUACUGUGACGCCCAAUGACGAGGAUUCUGGUAGAAGCGAAGGUGGAGCGUCAGAACUGGGUGAGGAGAAUGGUCAGAAGAGUGAUAACGAGUCAACACUCGACGGCGAAACAUUGCACGAUGGUGAAGAGUCAGAUGUGCCAGGUGUUGACACGGCAACCAUAUUGAACGUGGAAGGAUAUCUUGUGGAUGAUUGUAACGAUAUAGAGGGGAUAUAUUUAGAUGGCACAAUAACGCCGGACGAUCCAGACCUUAUGUUCCAUAAGAAAAAUGAAGAGAGAACAAAAUGGUUUUAG